AUGGAUUACGACCUCAGCGAUUUCUCGCCUACACGAACCGAUCCAAGAACCUGUCCGUCCGAGAAGCACCGCCCCAACGACGAGCGGGUGAUCGAGCAACCGCCGGAGCUCCCGCAGCUGUUCAAGGCCUGGAUCCCCUCGCCGGAGGCCCGCUGUCGCCACUCGGCGCUGCUGGCGCCCGAGCCGAGCCCGGCAAGACGGCGCCGCUGGAGCGCAUUCGUCUCCAACAACCCAUCUGCCCCACUACCACUCCCUCGCACUCCUCCAGCCCGCCCCGCGGCCGACUUCCGGCGCAGGCUUUCCAGGACGAUUCCCGGCCCGGCCCCGCCGCGGAACCCGCUGGCCAGCAGAGCCUCCCGCUCGCCGGCGCGGAGAGCCUCCCACGCCCCGUCCCCGCCAUCCCCGCCCCGCUUCUCGUUCUCGCUCCCGAGCUCGACCGACGAGUCUGGCUGGACUCAGGCAAAGAAACACCACUCGCUGCGCUCCCGGCUCUCCUCGCUCCUCCACCUCUUCGCCAAAGACCCUCCGCCACACACGCCCGCGGCCCGCCCUCGCCCAUCAUCCGUCUUCCUCGCCCCUCCACCCUCCCACCCGCGCCCGUCCUCGCUCGCACCCCCGUCCCUCGGCCCCCACUAUCGCCCCACCUCAGCCACCACCCCGGCCGCCCCCAAUCCUCGGAUCGCGGAAGAAGACGACGACGAAGAAGACGCCGCGGUCCGCGACGCCAACCGGCGCCGCGCCCUGGCCGAUCUCGAACGCGGCCAGGUCCGGGACAGUGGAGGGGCGCAGAGGAUCAGACAGACAGCUGGCCGGGUGCGGGGCCGGCCCGCGACGCUUUCCCCCCUCCUCCUCCCCCCUAACCCGCAGCUCAUGGUUGCCCUAGGUCGGUAA